AUGCGCGCCCCCACAGCGGGGACUACAACUCCCAGCGUGCCCCGCGCGGGCGGCCUGGCGGAGCCGCGCGCUGAUUGGCUGCGGAGGAUGAAGCCCCUCAAAGGCGCCCAUUUCGCCGCCCAGAUGGACAGCGGGGAGGGCAUAGACAAGCUGCUCGCCGAGCUAAGGGGAGGUGCCUCCGACGCCAGCCAGACCUCCCGCCUGCGGAAAAGCCAGAUCUGCGACAAAGUCCUACGGAUUUGCGUCGAGCGGAUGGCCGAGCCUGGGGGCUGCCCGACACUCGCCACCAGCCUGGUGGCCGUGGCCAAGGAAGCGUGCCAGGGCUACCUGACGACCGUGCCGCAGCCCGCUCCCCUCUACCUGGAGAAGAUCCUCUACCACCUGCUGAGGAACGCGGCCGGCCGGGGCAGCGGCGAUGCCUGCUGGAGGGUGGCCGACCUCCUCCGUGCCCGCCUGCUGAGCUACCGCCCCGGCCAGGCGCCCUCCAAGGACUUCACAGCCAUCGCCUACAGCAGCUUCAGCGUCCUCUGGAGAGGGGCGGACACCCUGGCCGAGCCCGACCGGCCACAGGAGGAGGGUAGAGCCGUCCUCUCGGUCCGUCUGCGAGCCCUGCGCUUCCUCCUGCUGCUGGAGGAGGAUGGGGCGGCCUUGCUGCCGCUGCAGCCCCCCUUUUUCAUCUCCCAGACGGCGCAGCAGGCAGCUGCCGCUGCUGCCAUGUACGAAGCCCAGCGGGCGCCGUCCUCGGCUUUCCUCGGCCAACAGCUCGGGGACUGCUUACUUGCGGCUCUGCGGAAGGAGGCGGCGGAGCCCCCCACCCUCCAGCAAUCCCUCUGCUUCUUUGAGCUCACCCUGGAGCAGUGCCGGCACCUCUGCAAGAGCGGCUGGCACAGGGAGGCCGAGGAGGCGGUAAAGGACGCGAGGGGCUUCCUGGGGACCACCGGCAGCUCCACAGAAUCUUUCAGUGACCCCCUGUCCCUCCUGGAGGCCGGGAUCCAGCUGAGCCGGGUGCUGGCUGAGAGCGCUGGCUCCGCAGGGCCGCCCUUAUCCCAGGCUGCGGCAGCUCUCGGCGCGGCGGCGGAGGCCUCGGAGCGGUUGCUGAGGGUGCUGGCCGAGAGCUGCCAGUUCAUCGUCUGCUCCCUCGGCGACUAUGUGAAGAGGAGCAGGCAGCAGCGCUUUGGCUGGGAGGACGUGCUCGGCCUCUGUGCCUUCACCGAGGGGCACCGCCACGUUGUCCAGCGGCUGCUGGAGAGGGUUCCUCCCGACGGUGUCAAACAGAAGCUCAUGGUGAAGCAGCUGCUCUACCGCAGCCUCCAGCUCUUUGCCAGCGUGGCCUACGACGCCUUCCAGUGCUCCCAGCCGGCGGGCUGGCCGGGUCUGCAGCGGCUGACGGCGGGCUGCAGGAGGAGCGUGGUGUGGAUGCUGGAGGCGCUGGAGGGGCUCCCCGAGAGCGAGCGAGCCAAGUACCUCGACAUCACCGUGUUGUGCACGUUCAAGCUGGCCUACAUCUUCUACAGCCAGAACCUUCACGAGGAGGCCAGCUCCAUCUGCGAGCUCUUCUGCAAGAGUCCGCAGACAGCAGAUGCCUACGCGUAUCCAAAGAUUCCCCCGGAGAGGCUGCACAAAUGCUUCAGGCUGCAGGUGGAAAGCUACCGCAAGCUGGGGCAGCUGGAGAGAGCUCUGGCGUGUGUGGUGCAGUGGCUGGCCGCGCUGCGGGGCCGGAUCGGGGAGCUGCUGGCAGAGCCCGUCUCCCUCUGGGUCAGAGUCAAAACGGAUGCUGCAAAACAGGGAGCCGAGGAGUUACGGUUGCGGACCCUGAAGGAAGGCUUGGAGGGGCACAGCCUGGACACGGAGACCUUGGUGACCGUCCUCUUUGCGGAGCUGAAGGCCUACAAGACUGUCCGAGCCGACACGGGGCAGGAACGUUACAACGUCCUCUGCGAUCUGCUGGAGAUCUGCUCGGAGGAGAGCGGCCGCCUGCACGAGCGAGCUAUCGGCUUGACGGAGCUGGCCCAGGUCUUGUGCUACCACAGCUACGCCCAGCAGACGGACUGCUCCUCCCUGGACUCAGUCUGUGAAGCCUUGCGGCUGCUGGAGCUCGUGCCCAGGAGCGCCCAGAACCAGGACCAGCUCCUCGAUGACCGGGCACAGGCUCUGCUCUGGCUCUACAUCUGCACCCUGGAGUCCAAGCUGGAGAAGAGCAUAGAGAGGGACCAAAGAGCCAAAGCUCAGGGGCUGAAGAGCCUGGAUGACUUUGAGCCCAACGACCUCAACUAUGAAGGCAGGCUGCUGGAGGACAGGUUCCUGUACGAUGGCAUCUCCUUCAACCUGGUGACAGAGACCGGUGAGGAUGCUGUGGGGUCUGGGCCCUCGCUGAAGAGGCUCUCCGGGAGUGCCUGGCUUUGGGUCAGGCUGUCUCAGACCCGUGGUGUGCCUUCAGCUCUGUCCAAAAGCCUGGACGACGCCUUUGCCUUGUGGAAGCAGCUCCUGGCGACGCCGGGCAUCCCAGCCGUGCGCAGCCCUGAGCAGACUGUAGCCUCCCUGCACCUCCUGGCAGCUCUCUACAAGCUGAUGGGCAAGCCCUUGCAAGCCGUGGAGAGCUACCUCCUGGUCAGAGCCCUGUGCGGCGCGCUCGGGGACAGCCUGGGCACGGCCAGAGCCCUGUGCGAGGUCACCAAGCUGCUCUUCCAGCUGGAAUGCCCCAGCUACGCUCAGCUUUUCCUGGAGGAGAUGGAGUCCUGCCUGCAGAAUGCCGACAGCAGUGAUGAUUCCUACCUGCUGCUGCAGCAAACCUGCCUCCUGCUCCGCAGCCAGCUGUGCUGCGUCAACCACCGGAUUGAAGAGGGUCUCACCCUGUUGCUGGGGGUGCUCCAGAACCCGGCUCUGCAAAAAAUCACAAAGGUCUGGUACCUGCUGCGAGCCCACGUCCUUCAGCUGGUGGCCGUCUACCUGAGCCUCCCCGCUGCCCGCCUCUCGCCAGAGCUCCAGCAGUGGAUCUUUGUGCAAGGGUGGAAGACACCCGAGACGGCUCUCGCCGAAGCCCACAAGCUCUUCCGCAGCAUUGUCCUCCUGGUGACGGGCAGCAACCUGCUGUGCUGUCAGACAACAGCGUCCGACUUCCAGUUUGUAGAUUACGGGGACAACCUGCUGCUGAAGUGGCAAGUGCUGGCUGACAUGCUGGCCUGCUCGGAGCACCACGUGGCUCUCCUCAGCAGGCUGGAGGUGAUGUGUAAAGCUAAAGCCUUCUGCUUGGAGGCCGUCAAGCUGGCCAUGAAACUGCAAACCAUCCGGUGGUGUGCUUCCUUCCUGGUGCUGAAGGCCCAGCUGGAGCUGCAGCAGAACGAGCUGGAGCUGAGCCAUUUCGACCUCUGUCAGGCUCUCUUCCUCCUGGAGUCGGACACUGAGUUUAAAACCAGCAAGAAGCAGAAAGGCCAGACGAAGAUCCUGCCCAGGAAGGGCAAACGUGAGGACAAGAAGCCGCGGGACCCCACCUCUGAGCCCCCCAGGGAAGAGGAGAGUUUCCUGAAGGGCCCUGCAAUGGAGUUUGUGGCCACGGUGAGCACGCUGGAGAAGGCGGAUGCUCUCACCACCUCACCGGAGCUGAAGCCUGAGAGGAGGAAGAAACUGGCCUUCCUCACCCACCCGGCAGCCUGCCCGUGCCGCCUCUGCUCUGAUCUGGCGCUCUCGGCUGUCUGCCUGCGCUGGCUCCUCUCCUGCGCCCAGGGCAAGCUGGCAGCGGGCAGCGCGGCCGAGGGGCUGGGGCUGAUCCGUGCCACGCUGCCGCGCUGUGCCGCUGUGGCCGCCCGCUUUGCCUCCGUGCUGCGAGACAAGCUGUGGGGCGGCUCCGUCAGCCGGGACCUGCCUGCGCUGGAGCUGCUGGAUGAUCUGGUGGCCACUGGCUAUGCCAUGUUGGCCCUUCAGAGCCUGGCCAGCCCCCAGCUGGCGGAGGAGCUACAGGAGGAGCUGGAGACGGGACUGACCUUCCUGGCGGCCUGCAGACCCCACCUGCCCAGCCUGGAGGUCUCCAGGGCCAUCCUGCUGCUCGCCAAAGCCAUGGCCGCCGUUUGCCGCCUGGCCUCCAAGCACGGCGACUCUGUGGAUGGCGUUUUUGCCGGCUCUUGGACCUUGCAGCUGCCAACGCUGGCUCCGGCAGAGCCCGAAGUGGCAGCUGUGCCCCAGACCCUCAAGACAGACAAGGCUCAACCCCAAAGAUGCAAAACCAAGACGACGUCAGCCCCUGCCGUGCCCAAGCCCAGAGUGAAGAAGAGCCAGAGAGCGAAGCCCCCGGCUGUGCCAAAUGCCGACGACGUCUUUGCUCUGGGUGACUCGGACGGUGAGGUGGCCCCCAUCGUCAUCCGGCCGGUGACGGUGCCGUGCACCCCGUGCCAGAAAACCCACCCCCCCGCCAAGGCGCAGGCAGCCCCCGGCCCCAGGACUCCCUUCACCAUCUUCAACGAAUCCUCCCCGCCGGCUGGCAAGGCCCGGGUCCCGCGAGCGCCCAGAGUCUUGGGGAAAGUCAAGUCUCGCCUAAAGGUGACAUUCAGCGAUGACAGUGACAUGGAGGAUCCCGAAGCGGGGCGGACCCCCGCAGCUACCCGCAAGACAUCCUGCACCCAGAAAGCUCUGCCCCUCAAAUCCACGGCGUCCCAGGCGAGCUCACUGGGCUUUGGUGGCCAGAGCGGCAGUGCCCGGCCCCGGAGAGGGCGGCGGCCCCCCCGCCGAGCCGGGGCUGCGGAGGAGAAGAGGGAGCGGAUGACCCGCAGGGCUCCCAGCAAGAGAGCAGAGGAGGAGCGGGAGCUUCUGAGGGCCAUUGGGGAAGAGGAGAAGGUGGAGAAAGAGCUUGAGAUCAGCUUUGAGGUCUUGCGGGUCUCUGAGGAAGAGGAGGGAGCCCCAGGCAGGAGGCAGCUGCCUCCGCGCAGGCAGAAGGGUGCAGAUGGAGAGCACAAGGUCCUGCAGCAAGAGGCUGGCGAGGACGCCCUGGCAGCGCAGUGGCCGGGCAGCGGGGACCCCCUGCGCCUGGAGGGGACCCUCUCCUCCGCCCUGCCCACGGCUGACGACACCUCCUCGCUGGACGCUGUCCUCAAGCUCCUGAAAGAUGCUUUCAGCUGCAUCAGCCACUGCCCUCCCGGUGCGCUCUACAGCCAGCUCUGCCAGCUCCUGGCUCUGGCCACGGGGAACCAGGACCCCCUCUCCACCGCGUACCUGCUCUCCGAGUCGGUCUCCGUCACCACUCGCCAUCAGCUGCUCAGCGUCAUCCACAGGAAGAUUCACAAAGAGAAGAAGUCGGCGGGGGACGUGGCCGAGCAGCUCCGUGGGCUCUCCUUGCAGGAGAGGAGCGCUGCCCAGUGCAGCCACCACCUCGCCGAGCUUGAGAGACUCUUCAUGUUCUGCUCCACGGGGCUGGGGUCUGAGGUGCGGGACGGCUUCCGGACGCAGCUGCAGCAGAUCCCUGGCGGGGUGACGGUGUGCGUGUUGACCCUCACCAGCAUCCAGCCCGGCUCUGUAGGGGACACGCUGCUGCUGACGCGGCUGGAGAAGGGCGCAACUCCCGUCACCAUCCGCAUCCCCACUGCGCUUGACAAGGCCCUGCUGCGCUCGGUGCUGAGCGACUUUGACGCCAUCCAGAAGGAGCAGAAGGAAGCCAACAACUGCACAGACAAGCAAGACUGGUGGCGACGCCGCUCCGAGCUCGACUGCAGGAUGAAGAGCCUCAUCGAGACCCUGGAGACGCAGGUGCUGGGCUGCUGGAGGGGUGCCCUGAUCCCCACCGGCCCCGAGCCCGGUCUGGCAGAGGAAGCCGCUCGCUUGCACCCCCAGCUCUGCCGGUGUGGCUGGAGGCACUCGGAUCCCACCCUGCUCCAGGUGGUGCUGAAUGCCGCUCCCCUCCUUGGCCCCGGCGAUGUGCAAGCCCUGGCCUUCGGCCUCUGCCCAGGGAAGCCCCGCAAGGCUCAGCUCCUCUUGCAGGAGGCGGUGGAGAAGCGGCGAGCCUGCGCCACACAGACUGGCGGCUCUCUCGUCCUGGUGCUGGAUAAGCACCUGCAGAAGCUGCCCUGGGAGAGCAUGGCGUGCCUGAAGGCUGUGCCAGUCACCAGGCUCCCUUCCCUGCGCUUCCUGCUCAGCUACUCCCUGGCACAGAAGCAGGCGGGGUCUGUGCUGAGCCGCGGCGUGAACCCCAGCAGCACCUUCUACGUCCUCAACCCGCACAGCAACCUCUUGGGCACCGAGGAGCGAUUUCGGGGCUGGUUCGAGAGCGAGCCCGGCUGGAGGGGGGUGGCCAGAGCCGUCCCGAGCCCGGAGCAGAUGCAGGCAGCCCUCCUGGAGCAUGACCUCUACAUCUACGUGGGGCACGGAGCGGGCGCCCGCUUGCUGGACGGACAGACCAUCGCCCAGCUGGAUUGCCGCGCCGUCACCCUGCUCUUUGGCUGCAGCAGCGCUGCGCUCGCCGUCCGCGGCAGCCUGGAGGGCUCCGGCAUCAUCCUCAAGUACAUCAUGGCCGGCUGCCCCUUGGUCCUGGGGAACCUGUGGGAUGUGACGGACCGGGACAUCGACCGCUACGCCCAGGCGCUGCUGCAGGGCUGGCUGAGGGGGGGCUCGGGCGCCCCGUUCCUCUCCUACGUCGCCCAGGCUCGCCAAGCCCCCAAACUCAAGUACCUCAUCGGGGCGGCCCCCGUUGCCUACGGGCUGCCCGUCUGCCUGCAGUGA